UACAACGACCUCACCCAGGAUGCGUGGAGAUGAGAUGCAUAUAAGCGGAUCACUCGCAAGACCGAGUCACAUCACACUCACACGCGCGCACAGGGACAGUGAAAGGAUCCUCUGCCAUGGCCAGAGCGGCGGCACCCUUGCUCCCCUUCUUCUUCCUCCUGCUGUCCUCGACAUCGCCGGCGGCGGCCCAGAAGAAUCGCCUUGGCCGGACUCCCCAGAUGGGGUGGAAUAGCUGGAACCACUUCGGCUGCAAGAUAGACGAGGUGAUAAUCCGAAAAAUAGCUGAUGCCAUGGUGGAUACUGGUCUUGCGAAACUGGGGUAUGAGUAUGUCAACUUAGGUAAUCGCUUCGCGUUUCUCGCUCUCUUUGGUUUUCGCCCUUUUCAACUCUUCAUGUUUGGAAAUGAGGCCUGCAAUAUUCACAGUGGAUAUGUUUGUUUUGAAACUGCAGACGACUGUUGGGCAUCUCAUGACAGAGACUCCCAGGGCAAUCUAGCUGCAAAUGGAACAACAUUUCCAUCAGGAAUGAGGGCCUUAGCAGAUUAUGUGCAUGGGAAAGGGCUCAAACUCGGAGUCUACGGCGAUGCAGGACUGCGAACUUGCAGCAGGCUGCAGCCCGGUUCGCUAGGAUACGAAGACCAAGAUGCGAGAACUUUGGCAGCUUGGGGGAUUGACUACUUGAAGUAUGACAACUGCAACAACCAGAACAUCAGCCCACUAACAAGAUAUAACAGGAUGAGUGAAGCCCUUAUGAAUUCUGGAAGGGACGUUUUCUUCUCCCUUUGCGAAUGGGGUGUGGAUGAUCCAGCGACAUGGGCAGGCAGCUUUGCAAACAGCUGGAGGACAACAGAAGACAUCAAGAACACAUGGGAAAGCAUGACGGACAACGCUGACAAGAACGACAAGUGGGCACCUUAUGCAGGGCCUGGUGGAUGGAAUGACCCAGACAUGCUGGAAGUAGGAAACGGGGGGAUGACAAUAGAAGAGUACCGUUCUCAUUUCAGCAUAUGGGCUCUAGUCAAGGCUCCUCUGAUACUUGGCUGCGAUGUCAGCUCAAUGACCCCUGAAACCAAGGACAUCAUCAGCAAUCAGAAUGUCAUUGCAGUUAAUCAAGGUAGAGUCAUUUCUCCAAAAUGGUCAUGUGAAAAUUUAAAGAUGGUACUAAGCUUUACCGAUUCAUCAUUAGACAAACUUGGGGUACAAGGGCGCAAAGUGCAACAAGAUGGAGAACUAGAAGUUUGGGCUGGUCGCUUAAGUCGAGGGAGAGUUGCUCUUGUGCUGUGGAACAGAGGGCCUGAUGAAGCAUCUAUUACUGCUAGUUGGAGCAACAUUGGUCUAAACCAAUCAGCUGUUGUAGAUGCUCAUGAUCUGUGGACAGAUGAGGUUACACCAUCAGUGCAAGGAAACCUGACGAAAAAGAUGGAUUCUCAUGCUUGCAAGAUGUAUGUGUUGACCCCAAAAUAGAACAGUAUUCUCGACAUUGCAUAUUACUGUACAAUAAUUAUUCAAAAGUCUCGAAAGAUAACAAUGUAUUACCUUGGUAUGUGUACAUGCUGUGUCUAAACAUUGAUAGUGCUACAUC